AUGAAUCUUCAUCCACUUCCGUCAUGGAGUURCAAUUCCGAUUGUUGCUCCUGGGACCAUGUUAGUUGCAGCAAAACCAGAACCAUCACCAAGCUCCACCUAUCCAACAUCACACAUACAUUUGACAAUCCGACCGCGGUGUUCUUUGAUGUCUUGACUCCGCUUUUCCAUAUCCGAUCAUUGAAACUACUUGAUAUCUCGAGGAAUUCGUUUGUAGGCGAGAUCCCAGGAGAUGGGUUUGGAAAUCUCACCCAACUGGUCCACCUUGACAUGAGUGAAAACGAGUUUAAGGGCUCCAUUCCCUACCAAAUUUUUGGGUUGACGAACUUAUGUUACCUGGACAUGAGCUUAAAUAGGUUCGAGGGAAACUUUCCACCUGAAUUUUGGAAUUUGACUUCUCUUCGAGUUCUUCAUCUAAGAGACAAUGGGCUUAAUGGUAUUUUAAGCCCUGAAGUUGGUAAGCAUCAAAAUCUUGAAACGUUGAAACUUGGUAGUAAUUAUCUUACCGGAAACAUCCCAGAAGAGAUUGGAAAUCUGACGAAGUUAAGAAAGCUUUCUCUUCAACAUAAUCAGUUCUCUGGUAGAAUCCCUUGUUCGAUUGCCAACAUGAAAGACUUGGAAAUGCUUUAUUUAUCUCAUAACUCAUUCUCCAUGCAAAUUCCAAAUGGCAUAGGAAGACUGCCCAACAUGACCACACUUGUCCUGCACAACAACCAGUUAACGGGUCCGAUACCAUCAUCGAUCCAAAACUUGAGCAACUUACAAACCCUUCUUCUCCAAAGGAACAAGCUAACCGGAGAAAUCCCAACUUGGAUAUUCAACAUCACAACAUUGGACAGUUUGUUCCUUGGUGGUGGAAAAGGAAACAAGUUGAUUUGGAAUGACAAAGUAAAGAUUGUUCCAAGAUGUAACCUAAGAGCAAUCUCUAUGCCUUCCUGUGGAAUUUCUGGCCAAAUUCCUGAAUGGAUUUCAACACAAAAAUUCUUGGAUUAUCUUGAUUUAAGCAUGAAUCAAUUCGAGGGAAGAUUUCCAUAUUGGCUCACCGAAAUGGACGUAGGAAGCAUCAUCCUAUCCAACAACAACCUCACUGGAUCUAUCCCACAUCGCCUAUUUGAAUCUACACUUUUAUCUAUUCUUAUCUUGUCCAACAACAAUUUUUCUGGGAAGUUGCCAGACAACAUCGGCAAUGCCACAUCCAUGAGGGUGCUUAUGUUGUCAAGAAAUAAUUUUUCCGGACAGAUUCCAAUAUCCAUGUCCAACAUGCACGAACUCAACGGUCUUGACUUGUCUGGAAACAAAUUUUCAGGCCACAAUCUCCCUGUUUUUAGCAAUAAUCCUAAAUUGUCUUACUUAGACUUGUCAUACAACGAGUUCUCUGGUAACAUCCCAACCACUUUUCCUAUAAAUAUAGUAAUUCUUUAUUUGGGUGGGAAUAAGUUUUCUGGCAAGCUGCCUUGGAAUUUUACUAAAUUGGUCAAUCUUCGAUACCUCGAUCUUCAUGACAAUGAUAUUACAGGAUCUUUCCAAGAUGUUCUUCCUGAAAGCCCACAUCUUCAAGUUCUUGUUCUAAGAAACAAUUCCUUUGAAGGAUCUAUCCCAACAACAAUCUCCAACUUCACUAAUCUUCAAAUCCUUGAUCUCUCUAAGAACAAGCUAACAGGUAGUAUACCACAGGAAAUAUCGAACCUCACAAGAAUGAUCGAAAUUCCAGAGCCAACAUUCAGUUACAUGUUUGAUUCAUCUUUUGAGCUUGAAAUUGAAAUGGAUAGCAGCUUAAUGUACAUUCACGUUGAGGACUUGAUAGUGAAUUGGAAGAACUAUUUUCAUGGCCUAUCGAGUCAAAACCUUGAUAUGUACUCUUUAUUGGACUUGUCGAACAAUAGAAUCUCAGGUGAAAUUCCUGCAUCGUUAGGGAAUCUCAAAGGCCUAAAACUGCUCAACAUUUCAAACAACAUCCUCUUCGGAGACAUUCCGGUGUCUUUUGGAAAUCUUAAGGUAAUAGAGAGCCUGGAUUUGUCACAUAACAAAAUCUCAGGUACGAUUCCUCAAUCACUAGCAAAGCUGGGUGAACUCACAAUUCUGGAUGUGAGCAACAACAAGUUGUUCGGUAAGAUACCUCUAGGUGGGCAAAUGGACACCAUGAAUGAGUUGAAGCAUUUUGCCAACAAUAGUGGAUUAUGCGGUAUGCAGAUUAUGAUCAAAUGUCCGGAGGAUAUCCCACCAUCAGAAGGAAAAGAGGAGGCCGAAGAUGACGAGAAACUAUCAUGGAUUUUCUGGGAGGGAACUUGGAUCGGUUUUCCGAUUGGGUUCUUCUCAUCAAUCUUGAUCAUGGGCUACUUACUGAAUUUUCUUGUGCUCUUCAAAAUAUGGUGA